AUGAGUUAUGUGUCCCGGCUGUUUCCACCCUACUACAAAUAUGCCGUGUUCGUGUUCGUCGGAUUUCAAUUCCUCUAUUUGAGGCAUCUGACAAUCAGCAGCUUUGAUACUACGAGCGCUAUUACGAAUGGUUUCGAUGACACCUGUAAAGAGGAACUGUUGCCAGGAUUCGAGGAGGGGUCACCGACGGGAGCGAUUUUCCUCGAAAAUGGUCGUGUGGCUGGAGUCGGUCGGGGUACAUACAAGUACAAAAUGAUGGUCCUGUGGGUUGUGUCAACAGUGGGCGUCCUACUCUGCAUGGUCAUCGUCAUUCCACAGUUUUUCGAUUUCAACGACAAACGCGGAAAUCCGAGCCAUCUCUGCCUUGUUCAUCGACGAUUGGCUUGGCUGUUGUUCUUCGUUAUGGCGGUGUUCGUGACGACCAUGUGCCUGGCAGUGCUGUGGGCAUGGCAUGGUGGAGGAGCAGCGUCGAGAUCGUUCCAUGAGCAUUUCGCAGCCGCCGAGAAAGAAGAAGUCUUUCUCACCGAACUCGAAGAAAGCUUCGACUGUACAAAUGACGAUGACAAGGAGGUGCCUGACGAGCAUGUGAGCGUGGCGUGA